AUGACCUGGAGGCACCACGUCAGGCUUCUCUUUAUGAUGGGUUUGGCAUUACAGAGCAUCCAUUUGGGAAACAGUUAUCAAAGAAGGAAACAUAAAGGUGGCAGAGAAGAAGCAAAAAAUUUUGCAGCCCCCAAAUUCCAGCAGACAACCCUCAACUGGACUCUGAGUACUUUCAGGGAGGUGAAUGGGAGCGAAGAGGACUGGUGGCUGCGGGGUUCUCCCUAUUCCAGAGCUUAUGGAGAGCGUGCGUCCCUGCGACAGCGCUGCUGCUGGAACGGCGGCACCUGUGUACUGGGCAGCUUCUGCGUGUGCCCAGCCCACUUCACCGGCCGCUACUGCGAGCACGACCAGAGACGCAGCGAUUGCGGCGCCCUGGUGCAUGGAGCCUGGACCUUCAGUGGUUGCCGCCUGUGCAGGUGCGUCUUUGGGGCCCUCCAUUGUCUUCCCCGCCAGACGUUCGGCCGCUGUGAUUUGAAAGACUUUCUCCCCUCACAUGCCAAUGGGCCAAGCUCAUAUAGUUUACUGAGUUUUCUCCUCCUGCUGUCCUGUGCCGUCCUGCAGUGCCUUGUCUGUGAAGGAGACUCUAAGUGAACAGAAGCUCCCUCUUGGGACUUGGAAGACUAAACCUUGAUUAUGAUACAAGAGCCACUGUGUUCCCAGUAGGAAAGCCAGGACUUGGGCAUCCUCUUUAAUUUUCUCUUGUAAAUAAUAGAAUUGCUUACUCUUCUACAAAGUGAACCAUUAGGUGAAUAUUUGUACUAUGUAAUAAAUAUGAAAGAGCC